CGAGCCGCGCUCCUGCCGCCACCUCAACGUCUCAACUGCUGUUAGACCCAGCCCUGCUCCUUCAACAGCGGAGCCAUGCUGCUGCUUCUAGCGUUUGUCUCAGGACUCGGUGGUCUGCACGCAGGCAUUGAUACUCAAAAGAACUUUAUACAGACCACAGUUCCUGAGAAGAUUUCAUCAUCCAACGCCAACGAAAAUCCAGAAAAUAAUAUUGGUUAUGUAAUUACUUUAGAAGGAAAGCAGUAUUUUAUCCAUGUCAAAAAACAAUCAUUUUUAUCUCCAACAGCGGUUACUCAUUAUUAUGGCAAAAAUGAUGAAGAGCUUCAUACACCUUUGAUAACUCAGAUGGAUUGCAAUUAUAAUGGAUAUGUUUCGGGUUUCCCAAAUUCUCUUGUGACACUCAACAUUUGUUCGGGACUCAGGGGCAUAAUUCAGUUUAAAAAUAUCUCAUAUGGAAUUGAACCAAUGGAGGCCCUAUCAGGAUUUGUACACCUGAUUUAUGAAGAAAAAACUGAUGAAAGUAUUAUUCGUCUAUUUGAAAAUGACAUGAAUAAUUUGCUUUAUGACUCCAAGAAUGCAGUAAGAAAAUAUCCAGAAAGAACUGACUUUUCUAAGUUAUUCCAAAGAAGCAUUGAAAUAUACGUUGUUGUGGAUAAAAAUCUGUUUGUUUACAUGGGCUCUGACACAAAGAUCGUAACACAGAAGAUUAUUCAGAUAAUUGGCCUUGCCAACACUAUUUUUACUCCACUAAAAUUGACUCUUGUAAUAUCUUCAAUUGAAAUCUGGUCAAAUAAAAAUAAAAUUCCUACAGUAGAGCAACCUCAUCUUACUUUAUUUCGAUUUUUAGAGUGGAGCAAGGACUAUCUUAAGUAUCGAUCACAUCGUUUUGCGUUUUUAUUCGCACUUGGGAAACACCAUGCGCUUCUAGGAGCCUCGCUUCCAGAGAAAUUGUGUGACAAGGACUUUGCAGCAGGAGUUGCUCUGUAUCCAGAGGGUUUUUCACUGGAAUCAUAUACUAUCAUUAUCGUGCAGUUGCUUGGAAUUAGUUUGGGAUUAAAUUAUGACAGUACUGACAGCUGCUAUUGCUCAGGAGAUGUUUGCGCAAUGAUGCCAAAAGCAAUAUUUUCAAGGGGUAUCAAGGAUUUUAGCACCUGCAGUUUGGAUGACUUUAAAUCUAUCACUUCACACUCUGAUGUUCAAUGUCUCUUGAACAGUAAUUACAGUCCUUUUGAAAAGCCAUUUUACAAACAACAAAACCCAAGGAGAGUGUGUGGCAAUAGUAUAAUUGAACAAGGGGAACAAUGUGACUGUGGCAUUGCAGCGAACUGUACACAUAAAGAUUGCUGCGAUCCAAGAUCUUGCACAAAGAUAGCUGGCAAAGCCUGUGGCUCUGGAGAAUGCUGUACAAAAGAUUGCAAGUUAAAACCAAAGGGUAUGUUAUGUAGGAAAAUUGAAGAUAAACAAUGUGACUUCGCUGAGUAUUGCAACGGGGAGAACCAAACCUGUCCACCCAACACGUUCAUGCGCAAUGGGGAAUACUGUGAUGAUGGCGAAGCUUUCUGUUACAAUGGGCAAUGCCACAGUGCCACAAAACAGUGUAAAAAAUUAAUUGGAGGCGAUACUAGAGGUGCUCCAUUUCCGUGUUAUGAUGAAGUAAAUGCCAGAGGAGACAGAUUUGGAAACUGUGGCAGAAACCCUUGUAGUUUUCCAGAUUUACUAUGUGGCAAAUUAGUUUGUGUAUGGCCACACAAGUCAUUUGUAUCACGUACAAAUUUAUCUGUAAUUUACACACAUCUACAUGACGAAAUGUGUGUAUCAACAUAUAAACCAGCCGCCAAACCACAAGAUCAACCUACUCUCACAACAUACAAUACGGCACAGGACAGAGAUGAAACAUUUGUAACUGACGGCACCAUCUGUGGUCCUAAUAUGCUAUGUGUUGAGUUUUCUUGUAAAGUAGUCAAUUCACUGAAAAAUAUAAAACUUUGUGAAAUGUCGGACCAUUGUGGCGGUAAUGGGGUUUGCAACAAUUUUAAUCAUUGCCAAUGUAAGAAAGGAUUUGCUCCUCCUAACUGUUCAGCACGAGCAGGAGAGUUUGGAAGUGUUGAUGACGGUCAUUUCCGGGCAGGCGGGAGAAGUGAUAUUGUUGGAAGGCACGCUGUUUUUAAAAAAAAACAGUUGCAUCUCAUUUUAUAUAUUUCCCUGCCUGUGUUUAUAAUUGUUGGAGCUGUCUUACUGAAACAGAAUAAAAUAAAACAGAUAUGGUACAGAGGAGAUACUGAAAGUGACGUGAGUGACAGGUCAAAUACAGAAGAAAGCAGUGCUUCCAUUUCACAAGACCUGUACAGGCCCACUGCAGCCAAGAACGGGUCCAAGGGAAUUGCUCUGAGCCACCCCCCUGUUGGCUACUUUGCAGCUGCCUCUGCAGAGCAGAAAAAUCUGCGAUCACUUGUUAGAGAGAAUCACAAACAAGAGAACCUGGAAUAUCUUCAAGACACAUAG